CGUGCGCAGGCAGCUCCAUCCAGCAAGGGAACCUUGAAUUUCUCUGGGAUUCCCGAUCUGCAGUGCAGAGCAAAGCGGAGGAACGUGUGGAAGCAGCUGCUGGCGCGCUCUAUAAGGGGAUUUAAGCCGCAGAGAGAGCGGGAGAGGCAGGGACCGAUUCACCAUUGAUCUGAAUUAAAUACUUCUCUCUCUCGCUCUCUCGAAAUCUGCCCUUUUGAGUUUUAUUCUUUGCUUCAGGUGACAGCACACAACGCAAACUGCAGAAUGGGGAAACAGAAUAGCAAACUGGCCCCUGAAGUGAUGGAGGAUCUGGUGAAGAGCACGGAGUUUAACGAACAUGAACUCAAACAGUGGUACAAAGGAUUUCUAAAGGACUGUCCUAGUGGUAGACUGAACCUUGACGAAUUUCAGCAGCUUUAUGUAAAGUUUUUUCCAUAUGGAGAUGCUUCAAAGUUUGCCCAACAUGCCUUCAGAACCUUUGAUAAGAACAGCGAUGGAACCAUUGACUUCAGAGAGUUCAUUUGUGCAUUGUCCAUCACCUCAAGGGGUAGUUUUGAACAGAAACUAAACUGGGCCUUUAAUAUGUAUGACCUCGAUGGAGAUGGUAAAAUUACAAGAGUGGAGAUGCUGGAAAUUAUAGAGGCCAUUUACAAGAUGGUGGGUACUGUGAUAAUGAUGAAAAUGAAUGAGGAUGGUCUCACGCCAGAGCAACGAGUAGACAAGAUCUUCAGCAAGAUGGAUAAGAACAAAGAUGACCAGAUCACACUGGAUGAAUUCAAAGAAGCUGCAAAGAGUGAUCCUUCCAUUGUAUUACUCCUGCAGUGUGACAUUCAAAAAUGAGCUAAUGUAAAAUGCAUUAUGGACUGCACAGAAGUUUAGAUGUUCCAUUCAGUUUGCAGCUAUUUCCACACACACACAAAUUGCUUGGACUACCUAUAAAUGGACUUGCUUCUUGUGUUUGAAACACUCGUGUGCAUGAGAAUGUCAUUUGCUAAAGAAUUUUAAAAGUAUAUAUUAUAAAAAUAAACUGCCACAA